AUGGGAAGUCCAACCCCUGUCAUGAGGGCGGUGGUCAUAGAGGCACGGAGAAGAGGAAAUGUCGUGAAAGUACCGCUGAGGAACAAGCGAGGUGACAGGGACGAGCACGAGGGCGCCCCGCUGGGAGCGCAGAUGGACGCCGGCGGCGACGCGUGGGCCUGCCCGAGGACCGAGGACGACGAGAUGUUCGCGCUGGCCACCUUCAUCCGCAUGAUGCUGGUGAUGCUGCUGAGGGCCGGCUUCGCGGACACCCACGCCUGCCUCUCCCCGGAGCAGAGCGGGAACGCGGUGCUGCAGCAGCACCUCUUGGACUUCGCGGUGAGCCGGGUCCCCCGUGCCCCGCUGGGACAGAGGAGGUGCGCCUUCUGCUGGUACCAGGGGUGCUGGCUGGUCCACACAGCAACAACCCUCGUGGGGUCCGUGUGCUACUGGCUGCUCGGCUACCCCGUGGCCUUCGGCGAGUCGGUGGACGGCAUGGUGGGCACGGGGCCCUGGGCGCCGCGCUGCCCCUCCGACUGGGCCCUGGCCGUGCAGGGCUGGUGCUCGGUGCUGGUGGCCACGGCCCUCACCAGCAGCGUGGCCGCCGGCCGCCUGCCCAGGGGCGCCCACGCCGCGGUCACUGCCGUGCACGCGGGCCUGCUGCAGCCGCUGCUGCUGCACUGGACCGCCUCCAGCACGGGCUGGCUGGACAAGAGGCACAUCAGCCACACGCCCACCGACUACAAGGACCUGGGCGGUGGCGCCAUCAUCCACACGUCGGCGGGCGUGGGGGCGUUGGUGGUGGCGACGGCGCUGGGGCGGCAGCUGCCUCGCGACGCCCAGCCGGCCCCGUGCUGGGGGCUGGCCGGCCGCCCGCCGCCCACCGCCGGGGUCGCCUACGUCCUGGUCGCGUGCGGCCUGGCCGCCGCCGCGCUGCCGGUGCCCGGGUACGCGGUCAACCGCCCCCCACCGCUCAACUUCGCCGCCGCGGUGUUGACCAACAGCCUGGCGGGCGGCGCGGGUGGCUUGCUGGCCGAGCUGGCGCUGCAGUCGUGGGUGUUCGUCCCGCGCGCGCGCCGCUGGGCGCCCGUCAGCCUCAUGCAGGCGGGCACGGCCGGCGUCGUGAUCCUGUCCGCGGGCGCCGACGUGUACAUCCCUGCGGCGGCAGAUGAGUUGAGCGUGUGGGACAGAGUCAAAGGCUCGUGCGAGGUCGAAGAGCACCAUGCCCGUGUGUUGCCGCCGGGAGAAGCCCUGUACCACCAGCAGUUCCACCCGGGCGAUGGCAUGGGAUAUGGAGUGGUGGGGACGGAAGCCGAACUGGUGAUUGGGGAGAAGGUUGUGGUCAGUGACGACAAGGAGGAGGCGUUGCAGGAUGGUCCUUUCCGCGACCUUUGA